AUCAGUGGUAUCCAGCCCCCAAGGCACCUCGACACCAUCAAAACCGCCCCCUAAACCACCAACAGAAGAUGACGCGGUCAGCCGCCUCUCUUUGCCGCCCUCCAGAUCAUCAGGCUCGGAUUCUUCGGGUUAUUUCACCCCCUCGCCCCCUGAUAAGCACCAACCCACCCCUGCCUUUAUUAAAAUGGAUACAGAGGAGCGGCCCAAUUCGGAUAUUGAAGUUCAAUCGGUCGGGGAUAAUAAUGGGGGUGAUUUGGUGGAUUCGACCGCACCUGAACAAACGCCAGUGAACAUCGAGAUCCCGAAUGGGGUGGAUAAGGGAAGUUUCGAAUCGUCGUCGGAAAAGGACCAUUGUUUGGGCGAAAGUGUCCACGACGAGUUCUCUUCGGUGGAGUCUCUGCAUUUGCAUAAGAACGAGGAAAGUAUGCAGCAAAUGGAGUUCGCUCCUGGAGGAUUCCAGGUGCGAAGGAAGAGCAAAUCGGUCAUAGACUUACCGAACUUCUUGCCUAACAUUUACUCCAGCAGAAAGAACAUCAAUUCAGCACCUCCAAGACCAUUGGAGGACAACUUGAGCCACACAACCAGUUCUGUUCCAACCCUAGAGCUCCCUCUAGACAAACCACCUUCGGAUGGCCCCUCAGAGGGAGUCACUGCAACCAAAUCCAAACUGGAACGAAGGUUUUCCAGAAAAGUCAUCAGAAAACCCGUCAAGGUCACUCCAAGGAGCCAAGAACGUCCGGCGUUGAAACCAAAGAGAGACGUUCCAACAAGUGAUGACCCAGAUGGAGAAUCCAAACUGGGAAACCCAGGUGGAGGGUCUACAAGGGUUGUCCAGACUUGCCAGGGAGCACCCCGAGGUCAUCGAGCACCAAAUCCAUCAGGUAUCCAUGGCCUUGGCCAAGCAUAUUAAGAACUUGAGGUCCCAAGUGUCUAGGGCGGCUUGCGGGUAGUGUCAUAGAAGUGUUCCUCAGCUGUAAGAAGGGCUUGGAUGUGGAACUCGAGGAAGUGGCGUGCUCAUUACUUCAAAGGACCGCCGACACGAACAAGUUUCUACGCGCAGAUGCGAACGCGGCCUUAGACGUGAUGUGCGCGAGUUGCCUGCGCAUAGGGUGGUCGCCGUCGUAACUUCGAAGGGGUGUGGCCAUCAGAAACGCGGUUGUCAGAGCCUCCGCGGUCAGGUUAUUAGGAGAUGUGGUAAAGCGUCUCGGGGCAGAACGAACGUUUCAGCUACCGAAAGAGGUCAGGGAUAAACUCUUGCUGUCGGGUGCGAACGCUUUGGCCGACGGUAACCUGGAGGCGCGACACCGAGGCAAAACGUUGUUCAAGUACCUCAUCGAUCAUCAGCAGUUUCAAAAAUGUUUGCACGAGGUUGUGCCUCAGAACGUGCUGAGACACAUCUCCAAGGUGUUGGCCUCCUUAAGGUCCGGAACGUAAUUUUUUAACUUUUAAUAUUGUUGCUAUUUAUUGAUAUUGAUGUUACGUUUCUCUUCCAGUACAUUUAUAAUGGUUUCUUUGUUACGUUUUUAUAUAUAUUAAUAUUGUAGGUAGGUAGGUAGGUAGA